GUACAUGAAACUUUAACCCUUUGCGGAUGAACGUCGAUGUUUUGAGGAGAUUAAGUGUACAUAUUUGCAACACUAAGUGAACAAAUGAUUUGAUUACUAACAGCAGAUCAGUACGUAGUUUCCCUUUGAGAAUUGUCUAAGUGGAUAUAUAAUUUACCAUCUGCUGAUGGUUUUCUGUAUUUCAAAGUCUUUGUUCGCAAAGGGUUAAUGGAUAGAUUUCUAGGUUUCGAACAGUUCUGUUAAUGAUAUUCAGUGAGAGCUGUAUUUCUUUGUGAUAGCUCGUGGGAGAGGAGGUAGAGGACAAAAUCAGAGAGGUAGGGGUACAGGCUCUGCACCUUGGCUCAACCAACAAAACCAGCCGGGAGGAUCACAAGUGGGAAGGGGACGCGGUUAAAUCAUAUAUAUAUGUAUAUAUAUAUAUAUAAAGAACUUGAUAAUAUAAAAACGCCAUCGAUAUAAGCCUGUGACUAUUCUUCUUACAGCGUUUAUAAAGGAUGUUUCUCUAAAUUCCAAUGACUCAGGAGUAUUAAUAAACCAAUGGAAUGACUUUUCCACAUUAUUUUUAAAAUUACGAAUAGAACAGCUAAAGAAGAUUUUCCUAAGUAUAUAAGCGAUAGAUAAGCGUUAAUGUUCUAGUAAAUUAAAAUUUAAUGUAAGUAGAAUUAUAUUUAAGAACUUGCGAGAAUCGGUUUGCUGGUUGUGGUUAGUUGCCAUCUAGCGGCAAACUUGAGAAACUGGCGUCUCUUCAACUGGUAGUGGUUGUGUAGUGUGGCAGAAUGUCGACCCUGCGGUCAACCUCUGUUCGUCGUCAAGCGAGAUAAUUAGUGUUGACACGAGAAUCACCAAGGAUGGUGUGUAUAGUUGAUUAUUAACCUGUUGGAAACGAGAUACAUACUCGUGUACUCUUGAGCUUACCUUUUUUUCCUAUCGAUUGACAUUCAUUCGUGACUGAGGGACAGAAGAAGGGACUCCAAAACGGAGCAAUAAUUUAGUAGUCUACAAAACAGAUCGGUAUGGAGAAAAAUACAGGGCGGAGAUACAAGGAGGAGACAACUGAGCAGUUAGUAGAUUAUAGUAAGAAGUAUACCGAAAGAAAACCAGCUGUUCACGAUCACCCGAUCGAGAGCCCAUCCCGCGACAGUCGAUCUUGCAAAAAAGAAUUUGGGGAACGCAAUUCUAAGGUAGAUUUGUUCGGCGAUUAUGCUGAAACUGACUUAGAUCAACCUACAGAUUACAGUCUGAGGUAUGCCGAAGAUGAUACAGACGACGAUGAAAAGCAGAGUCCUGAGUAUUUUCCAGGCAGUGUACAAGAAGAUACGAUUAAAACGUAUUGUACAGAGGGAACUCCAUAUGAAACACCUUUCAAUUUUUCAACUGCAACAUCUAUGUCUGAUUUACGGCUGGAGGACUCAAAGGAACCUGUAGAUUCUCAGAAGAAACUGAAUAAAAAGGCCCUUGACCUUGAGCGUAAAGAGGACUUAUCUUUUGAACGUAAUCUUUCGCUUAGAUGUAACGAGAAUCAGUCCCUUCUGGUCACGAAAGAAUUAGAAACUUCUAAAACAUCAAUGACACGAAAACCCACUUGCCUUUCUCCCGAGAAGUUACUCGAUUAUUAUCCGAGUGGAACAUCCAAUGUUUUCUCCCGGGCUAACUCCCUUAGUUCUCUUAGUAGCGCUGUAACUCAGAGGAACAAUAUUAACGGAGUUAUUCCAAAAAUAUCUUCUAUGGACUCUUCUGAUAAAAUUGAUGGUGGUUCAGAGAAGGCGGAUUGCAAUGGGACAGCUACUAAUGUCAAUGGAUUACGCAUAUCUAAUGAAGCAGACAGUCCAACAGAAGGGAAAAAUAAUUCUAGAGUUGUGGAUAAAGAAGGGAAAGUGGUGACCUUUAGUAGACAGGACUUCUAUGCAGAGCAAACUCCUUUAAUGUUUUCGCGCUGUAGUUCUCUUGGGUCUUUGAGUGGCUUUGAACAACAUUCCAUACACGACGAUCGCAGUUCUAUUAUCAGCGAUUUUAGUCGUAGGACCAGCGGUAUUGUAUCUCCAAGCGAAUUACCGGACUCGCCGACACAGACUAUUCCUCCUAGUCCGCGUAAUCACAAGAGUCAGUGUACGGAUUUCAUAAGCAAAAUACCAGAAGAAGCAGUAAGACCGUCCGUUCGACAUUUAUCGUAUUCCAAGUGCCAUGCUCCACGGACGAGUGUCUUCGAAGAUGACAUUGCUACUUUCAAAGAAGAAUCAACGCCAAUUGAAUUCUCCACCGCGACCAGUCUCAGUUCCCUCACUAUCGACGACGAGGUGAAGAUUACCAACAGUUCAAAAGCAUUGUCAGAAAUAAAGGAAGCCACGAAUGACAUUGAUCAAAAUGCAAAAGAAGAUUCAUCUAAGGAAAAAGUGACUAGUACCGAUGCAGAAAAAGAUCAAGAGCAGGUGAGCGACGGUGACGAAGAUGACGAAGACAUGCUGGCUGCGUGUAUCAGUAUGGGCAUACAAAACAAUAGGUAUAGACAGUCUUUCAAAACAUCUACCACUCCAAAAUCCAUACAACCAGAAUCAUCGAACAUACUAAUACGCUGUCAGAGGACUGCUGUCAUAAACAGAUUGGAACCUCGAGUUCCAGUUGCCAAUGUCGAGACUCCAGUUGCCACUGCCAAAACGAACAAAACCGCCAUAGAAGUGGUGGCUGCAUCUGAUACCGUGCAUGUUUAUUGUACAGAAGACACACCAGCGGAUAUCUCUCCUGUAGGUUCACAGUCGAAUCUUUCCGCGCUGUCAAUGCCAAGUGUACAAGAAGACGUUGAGAGAGUCGAGGAGGGUAAACUCUCCAGCGAGGUUGAGUGCCACAGAAACGAUCUUUCAGAUGAAAGUUCUAACCUAUCCGGAGAAGAUGAAAAGAUGCUCGACGAAUGUAUUCAAUCAGGAAUACCAAAGGUACGACAAAUCACGCCACCGCCUACCAGUUGUAUUCCUUUCGCGCAGAAGGUAGAGACGUUGACACAGAGAUUUAACAUAUGCGGCACGCCGUCGUCGUCUCCAGUUGAAACUGGCAACAAGAACCCUAUCCUAAGGAAAUCUCUCUGUCGUUCGACUCUGCAGCACAAUGAUCUGUCGGACGACAGCCCCAAUCAUUCGGACGACGAGGCGAUCCUGAGCGAAUGCAUAAGAUCAGCGAUACCCAAGGUUAGACUGAACGUUUCCACGCUGAUGGGACAAUCGCUAUCGUCGGUGGAAAAGACGAAAGCGGUGAUUCCAAGGAAACCAUCUUCCUCUACGUCUACGUCCACGUCGUACAGACAACGAGAGCACACGAACCGAAGCAAGCAUCAACCGAAGAAACCAACGACAUUCGAAGACAACUUGAGCCUCUCCGAGGAGGAGGAGGACAUCAUGUUGGCUCAGUGUAUCAAGUCUGGCAUGCCAAAGGCAGUGAACGCAUCGUCCAAUUCGUCUCUAAUCUCCUCAAAGAAGCAGCCGGAGUACCACAAGGCUAGGCUUGCGCCUACCGGGUCGUUUUAUGUAAAUAAACAUUACUCCCCUAGAAAUGUAGCGCAGACGCAACCGGCUCAUAAGCUCGAAAACGACGCGUCGACGUUCACGCUCGGCGGGCCUUCUUCCACCUCCCAUUCCAUCAAAGCGUCAGAGAUCAGGCGUUCCAUAAAGAACGCCGGGAUAAAUCUGUCCGAGAGAAACUCCCUGACGUACAGCAAGAAGCUUCCGUUGGAUCACGAACAGAGCGUCGAGAACGGUCUGAGCGUCUCCCGUGGUCAGGUGCCCAACUGCAGAUCCCCUAUCUCAAAUGCGACGGAUAACGACGACGAGGAGAUCUGUCGUGGCACGAUGAAGUCGAGCAUGGCGCCCUCCAGACACAGCUCGGUGAGUUCUCUCAGCGAGGAGGGCUCUCUUGGCUCUAUCGAGGAGUGGGCGCUGCUAGAGCUGUGCAUCGUGGCCGGUAUGCCUAGGAACAAGUACCGGCUGAAGGGGAUGAAGGCUGCGGAGGCCGGCAGCCACGAGGAACGCGACACGAUACCCGAGGAUAAUUAUUCUAUAUGUAGUUACAACUCGUACGUUUGUAAAACGUAAGGUGACCGUUAUGCAUUUCGGCUGAGCGUACGUUGAAAGACUGAACACGUUUUUAUAGUAGCGAUACCUAGCGUCGAGGGGAGAAGACACACUCUUGUUUAUUUUUUUAUGUAACACGUUAGCCCGACGCAUACAGGGAUCUCCGACGUUGGACGUAGGUUAAGAUAGGAUGAGACUGCACCGAGAGCUACUGUAAGCUUGUGUUGUAUUUGACAAUGCAUCCGGCUAAUUACAUCGACUUUAAUCAUGUUAACACGUAAUUUAACAUACCCGGAGGAUCGUCCAGUGACUAUUACUCGCACUCGCUUUUAAUCUAUUUUUAAUCAUUUGGAAGCAUGAUCCUCCGGUUGUUUUAAAUCGCUGUCCAGGUUAGCUUCUAUUGUGAACGCUGGUAGAAGGUUCGAGGUCGAUACUGGACAGCGUCUUAAUAAUAUACAAUAUAGGAUUUUACGGGGAAGGUAUUCGAGGGUUCAUUUUAUCUGUUUAUAGCACAAACUGUUAGACAUGACACCGCGAGACUCGCGUGACUAUAUUUUACUGAAAUACGUUUCUUAUCGAGCGAUCGUUUCCUUAGUGGUAAGUCUGCUAAUUCUCCCAUGCUGAAUCGUUACUAAUUUCUGUCGCAGCAUGUGAUCAGGCGAAGAUGGCGCGCAGUUACAGUUGAAGAGAUUAUAUCGCAUCGCUUAGACAGCUGUCUUAGCAGCUAAGAGUUUUGUUUUAGGGAAGUUCCGAGGUAUGCAAGCGAGACGCGACGGAUCACGUGUCCCAUGUGUAUCGUGAUCGCGACGCCACAUUGUUACAUUUAUCAUGACAUCAAUAAUAAAGUUUAGACC